AUGGCCACUAACGUCCGUGGACGGAGCAUGCCGGUAGCAGGCAAGAACGUUUUCAAAGUCCAGGAUUUCGUUUUGGGCCACUUGUCGAUGGCCGGUCAAGUCCCGAUGGAGGCAUUCUACAUCAUCAAAUACCAGAACAGGGCUGGCGAGAUAGUCAUGUCUAUGGAGAUCCGACCGACCAACGCAGGAAGUAGCACAGAGAUGGUACGGCGUCUCGCCACGGCUCUCGAGGACCCCAAGUCGAAGUUGCAUCGGCCGGGCUCUCUCUCGAGUAAGGUCUUCACGGCCGCUCGAAUGGACGUACGCAACCCUGGAGAGGCCCAGAGGGAGUGGGCCUCACCAGUGUCCAGUAGGGCCUAUUCCCCUACGGGUAAUAUAGGGAGUCCAGGGAAGAGUGGUAGUAGCCCUUCUAUGGCACGGUCCUUAUCCCCUGAGCGAGUCGUUACACAAGCGAGACCGAUUGGUGUAAUGAAAGCAGCAGUAACGGCAUCGCAGAAGAUACUUUCAAGACCUGUGGUGAAGGUGGAAGAAGAGCCGGUCUUUGGAGAGGCGGUGCGGGGAAGACCAGCGGUGGUGUCUCGUAGGGUCGUUCGGGAGUCCACACGGAAGGCUAAGAGCGGUCGCAACCCAGCCGCCUCUACAGAGUUGAAGAGGAAGGGCAGUGAGGAGGUAGUGCCGGUGUCUCGUAGUAGCACUAUCAAGCCAAUGAGGAAAGUGUCUGAUGCAGUGCUGAAAGUGAUGGAGCCUCUUGAGCGGAAGAGGGAUACUGGAGGGAGGGAAGAGUCGGCGUUCAUGGCGAAGUGGCGGGAGACUAUACUCAAUGCUACUAAGAAGAGUGAACCGGCGGGUAGCUAUGUUGUUAGUGUCCUACCGGGUCAGCCUGGGGUACCCACAAGGGAAACGGUACGACACACUUCACAGGACAUCAACGGCUCUCUUCUGGAAGCUCGGCGUGGGCUAAAGCUUGAUGGUGCGGCCCCAGAGUCCCCUGGGUCACUAUCGGCAGCCUCGGCGGCUAGGAACUUGGAGACGGAAGGAGAUGCUCAGGUGGUCUCGCUAGACCGGGCCCUGUGGGAUCCAUUGUUACAUGGUAAAAAGGCGAGGUUCGAUGGUUAUGUGCUACGUAGUGUAGAACUGAGCGGGGAUGGUGCUCAGUCUUGGGCCGUCAGCGAGGUGAAGCCGUACGUGGAUGGGGACAGGCUUGUGUGGAAAUGCGAGAUAGCUGGACUGUUGCCAGCUGAUAAACUCGCGGAUGCCGCGGAAACGAUGGGCCCGGGCUUUGGUGUUUGCGGUAGGACCACAGGGGAAGUGAAUGCUGCAAUAGACACACCGGAGGCUGCUAUAGUGGGAUAUGAUCUGGUCAGUGUCGCGGUGGCUGGCAGAUUCGGUGACAGUAGUGGUAGAGAGGACCACUGGGGUGUUGUCAAUCUAUGUUAA